UAUUUUGGACGACACUCAUUUGUCAGCAGCGCCAUCAUGGCCUACUCAAACCAUCACCAUUUCAUGAUGCGACCAGAGGACGUGUGGAUAUCCAUAACCACUCAGCUAUCGAGAUACCUUUUGGCCAAUAAGGAGAAGGUCUCCAACUUGUGGCCGGGGCUUGCCAUUGGUGAGCAUUUACACACGACGCUCAUCAUUGUGGAGAAUGACGAUCCUUAUGACUUUGCAAAACGUUUGGUCACCCUAAUCAUCGAACGCAUUCAUGAUAAGUCUUUUGCCGACUGGUUUAUGCCAAACUUCACAACUACCACAAACAAGGACCGGAUGGUUGGUUCCAUGGUAUUUGCUUCAGCGGCACAUACGAUCCAUGACUAUGAAUGGAUUUGGACGAACUGUGGACUACCAAAAGUCACUCUUCUUGGAACGGUGGAAGAUUGGCAAAGUAUCAGAAAAUUAGCGGAUAGACUUCUCCAAUUUGAUGUUGGAGAUCAAAAAAUGUCUAUCUGGUGCAUAUACCUCUUUCCUGUUCUGGACAAACUAAUCGAUACGGCAUUGCGCCAACCUGACAUUGAAUGGUGGCGAAGCAUUGUUGAUGACCGAUUCCUCGAAUCCGGUGCUAUUUCUGGCUGGAUCACAACAUUUGUGGUCUUUGAUGACAAUGGACAAUGGCAAGACAAACAAACAUCUGUAACCAAGGAGCCAAAGUGGUACGUUCCCCGUGGCGAUGAAGAGGACCAAUUUCCAUUCACCCUUGCCAGACAGUUUUAUCCGCCACACCUUCCAAUAGUUCGAUUGGAUCACAUAACCCGAGGGUAUGUGUCGGUGCCCUUUAAAUACACCGCUGGCUCAGAAAAAGUAUACCAUGGGGAUAUCGUUGCUGGACAUCUUGCAGUUGACUUUGUUAACAAUAACAACACAAUUUCGCCAAGGCUU